AGAAAGGGGUGAAUUUAUUUAUUUAAAUCGAAAUCAAUGGAUGUCUCGUUGUAUCCACACCGACUCUUAAAACAUGUUGUACAUAAUGAAUUCGAUCGAAAUUAUCAUCUCCGAUAUUUAGAGAGUUUAGAGAUGGACAUUAUCGUUUUGUCGCGAUUAAUUAUAAAACAAAAAUAUGACAGUUCCCCAGACUCGAAUCCGAUACCUAAUGUAUUCAUCAGGGAAAUGGACGGCGAUCCACGUCGACACAGCCGAUGUGAAUGUGGAUGAGAGAUGGCGGGUGGAAGCUGUGGCGGCGUCAACGGCCCGACUUAACGGCCGGCGAGAAUACGACGGAAAAAAAGAAAAAUAGAGAAUGUUAAUCCUCCAAUAAUAUAUAUUACACUUUUGUGUACUUUUCUCCAUUUCAAAUUUCGUGCAAUGAGAGUGAAAGUAGGAAGGAUAUUUUUGUCUUUACAAUUAAUUAUUUAUCUCACAUAAAAAAUAUCAACAUUAGGAUUUGAACUCGGGUCUCUUCAAACAAAGACAACAAUCACAACCAUUUACACUGAACAAAUUUGUUGUGUCUUUUUGAAUACAAAAUAUACACGAAGUUCAACUCUCUGAGAAUCGCAGUACUUUCCAUCAUGAUUAGCAAGCCCACUAAGUAUACCGUAAUGUAUUUUUAUGGUGCUUGAUACUUCAAUUUUCAUUGUAGAGUUUCAUGUACUUUCUCAAUUUUAAAAUUAUUUCUCUCUCUUUAAUUUUUGCUAAAGGUAAAUUGGUAAUUGGCUAACAUGGAAAAAACUAAUUUUGUCACUAGGUGUUGUGUCCUUGCAAUUUUCAAUUUAAAUUUUGUGGUUUUUAUCUUUGUUCUUAUCUCUUUCUAACUUCCUCAAAAAUUCCCUCCAUCGUACAAUAGUUUGCACCCCUUUCACUUCUCAGUACAAGGCCUCCUUUGAAAAUCAAUCAUCUGGUAUCUUUUGGCACGUCGGUUUUAUUGUUGGGUUUUAAGUUGGGCAAGUAAAAGAGUUUAAUAAAUAAUGGAGUUGCAGGAGGAGGAUUAGAAAUUGAAAUUUUGGUUGAAAUAUAUGUCUCUUGAGAUAAAAAUUUGGUUGUACAACGAAGAGUGGUGGCUAUUGGAUCUUUAUAUUUAUGGUUUUUAUAUCUAUCACAACCUAUUUCUAUCUUAAAAGGAGGAAUCAUUGAUGAUUUAUUGAAGUAUGUCGAUUCUUUAUUCAACCUACCGGAACUGAUAAACCAUGAGUGUUUAAUUUUGUGCCUUAUUACUUUGAUUGAGUCUAUUAGUAUGUUGGAGAUAACCCUAAUUUUGUCGUUUGCUCUCAAGUUUUGAUGGUCUCCUAUUAGCUGAGUUGUUAGUAUAUAGUUGACUUGAAUCAACAACUCUCCAUUUCUUUUUGAUUAGUGGCAUAUUGUUCAUAAAAGGAGCGCAUUAAAACCUUAUGUAGGAUUGUGAGGUUUAAGAUUUAGUUUCAAACUAUCUAUGAGUCAUGUGGAAUUUCACUGAGCUUUUAUACUCUCUUUCUUGACAAUCAACUAAUCAAUAGCAUUUUAAUAAGAGCUUAAUUAUCAUUAUGAAAAUGGAAUUAUUGAUAAAUUAUAUUUUUUUUUUCUUAAAUGAUAUGGUAUUUCUCUGAAUGUUAGACAUAUAUAUUCUUUCUUUAUGUAUCAUCUCGAUCGAAGAAUUGUCAAUAAAAUUUAACCAGUUGAUUAGCUUAAACGUAACAUAAAAUAUAAAUAAUUAAAUAUGAUUAUUCCGGCCAAUUGGCCGGGUUAUAAGGCUAGUAAUAACAAUAAUCUAAAACAGGUGAUUGGACUGAAAGUGGGAGCUGCUGCUGGUGGAAGGAAAAAGGAAAGGAAAGGAGAAGAAGUGCAGUUUGUUGAUCAUUCUUUUCAGCCUUUGCCGUUUCCUUUCCUCCUCCAGGUUCUGACCAAAGAAUUAGAAGAAGGCAAUGAGUUCAAAAGGAAAAUGUAACACAAACGAAAAGUUCAAAACAGAGACCAAUUUCAAGUUCGAGACAUAGAGCCGGGACUAAUAAACUAUUUUUAUGGAAAACAAGAUUUGGAUCGUGGAUUUAUUGAAUCCAUAGAUUUAGCAAAAUGUUAUGUUUUUUUUGCUACUUUUUGUAUCGUGGAUUGUAACUUCAGAAAUUUUAAAUCUAUAAAAUCUAGAGAUAUCAAAUCUCUCAUAAUUAGAGAGAUUCUAUAUCUUGAUUUUUGAGAUUUUCUCCCUCCUAUUAUAUCACUUGUUUUUUUUAAUUUAUCCCACUAAAUACCCUUACCAAUAAAUUCUCAAUAUUUUUCGAGUCAAUCUAAUUAUUUUGGUUAAGGAUAAACAUGUUAAGUGAUAAAAAAAAAUUAGAAUUUCUUUUUUCAUUGGAUGUUAACAAUCAUAGUUACCAAACAAUGAACAUUUUCAAAUCUUUUUUCAACAAUCCAGAGAGUUAAAAUCUUUGGAUUGUCUAGAAUCUAGAGAUUUAGACUCCAAUUCUCCAAACGAGCCCAUCUCCGAUGUUAGGUUCUCCUAAUUUAACCUUUUCAAUUUCACAAAGUAGAUAUGUAUAUCUGUCUCUUAACCCUGAUUUAAUUUUCUCCGUUGCUUUAUGUUUUCAUAUUUAUCAUAUAUAUAUAUUUUUUUUUCUAGCUGUUCGUUCAAUGUUCAAUCUCUAAUGAGCAUGUAUGUGGUGAUAUUGGUUUGAUCAUCAGUUAGGCUUAUGUUACUGUUGAAAAUGAUGUCUUAUCAUGAGUGAAUUCAUGGGAUGGGAGAUUGAUUAAGAAAAAAAAAAGUUGUUGUUCUUCUUGCAUAUGAUGAUCAUUGUUAAAGUCAACAAUUAUCUUAAUCAGAGGCGAAAAUGAUUGGCUAACAACAGUAUUAUGUAGCUAGCAGUCAUCUCAAGUUUGUACGUAAGAACUAAAAAGAUCCAUCAUCAAAAUAAUUAAAUAAAUAAAUAAAAGUUUCUUAUGGGUGCCUUAUCGUGGUUUGAGUUCUCCUGUACAAUCCCGAUCCGUAUAACGUCAUAUCUUCUUUAUCAGAACUGCGAUACGACUCUUAUCAUAAUGAUACGAUGUUGUUAUUGUAGUGAUCGAAGUUAUAUAACCUUACCAAAGGCUAAGAUGAAUGGCAAGGUUACACAUUAUGAGCUAUGUUUUUCAAAAUUGUUGAAUCCAAAAUGUAGCCAUCACAACUACUCGAUAGCGCAACAAGCAAGCUGCUCAGCUUCAGGUGUUGCGAACAUCUCUCUCGCGUGCAUCGUUUCAUUUCGCCCCGCGUAGGUAUAACAGGGCUGCCCAUACCGUGGCGAAAAAGGCCCUCUCAUCGAUGGAUAAGCAACUUGUUGACCAUCGUUUUGCUCUUUUUUCUUUGUCCUGACCUUUCGGUCUUGUAUAUUCUCGUACCUUGCUAUUCCUCUCGGAAUGUCUCUGGAAAAAAAAAACUGCUCAGCUUAAUCACAUAGUAGGAAAAUUUCGAGUAUCGACUCCAAACGAGUAGGUGAUUAUAACAAUACGAACUAGGAAACAGUAAAACCAUCAUUUUAAUACGAAAUAGUAUAUCACUAACUUUUUCAAUAUAGCUUUCAAAUUUUUGUGAUUUACGAAGGCAAGUUGUAUUAUAGCUUAUCACUUAUCAGAUCAUUACAAGUACAACAAGUAGGGAGGAUUGGAGAUGUGUUGGGCCUCCUCUCCUCUUUGGCUUGUCUCGUUGCCAUGAGCUGUUCUCCAUCAUUUCCCUUCUCUAUCCCUCUCUUCUCAUUUAAAGCACAUACCAAGAAGACAUUUUCAUUACAAACAAACAGCCUAACUCUCUGCUAAAUCCAAACUCGUGCAAUUAUAGUCGAAUCAAUUUCGCUUUAGCGC